UUGUAAUCAUGUGUGCAAGCGGUGACACAAUCAGGAACAUCAUGUUGGCUGCUCAUCGGCAAGGAAUGACCAAUGGGGACUACGCGUUCUUCAAUAUUGAACUUUUCAACAGCUCGUCAUAUGGAAAUGGUUCGUGGAGAAGAGGAGACAAACAUGACCUUGAAGCCAAGAAGGCAUACUCAUACCUCCAGACAGUGACUCUGCUGAGGACCGUGAAGCCUGAGUUUGAGAAGUUUUCCCUGGAGGUGAAAAGUUCUGUUCAGAAGCAAGGUCUGCAUGAAGAUGACUAC